CAUCAGACUGUAUGUUAUAUUAAUUAUGGUUUGAAUUUACGUAUACAUACUUCAGCAGAAAUAACGGGUGUAUUGUAUAAGUGUCUGUUGAAGAGAACGCUGAAUUCCUUAGGUCUUAUUCAACUGUCACAUCGAUUACUUAGUGUAGUUAAUUUAAUAUUAUUAAUAUUAGUAUUGGGUUGUUAAGUUAUUUAGAUUUAAAAUGUCGUACGUGGAAAAAAUGUCUAUUAUGGGUAUUCGUAGUUUUGGACCAUAUGACAAAGAUAAACAAGUUAUCAGUUUUUUCAUUCCACUAACAUUAAUAUUAGGACCAAAUGGAUCAGGAAAAACCACAAUUAUUGAGUGUUUAAAAUACAUUACAACAGGAGAUAUGCCUCCAAACUGUGGAAGGGGUGGAUCGUUUGUUCAUGACCCAAAAGUGGCUCGUGAACAGGAAGUGAAAGGUCAGAUCAAGUUACAGUUUCAAGAUGUGCUUGGAAAACAAGCAGUGUUAACAAGAUCCAUUGUAGCCAUUCAAAAGCAAAAGAAAAUUGAAACGCGAACGUUAGAAGGUGUGAUAAGCCGCCGAGCUCCUAAUGGAGAGAAAAUCAGUAUGAGUUCCAAGUGUGCACAGAUUGAUAAAGAAAUGAUUUCCAAUUUAGGUGUAUCCAAAGCUGUUCUAAAUAAUGUAAUAUUCUGUCACCAAGAAGAAUCAAAUUGGCCGUUGAGUGAAGGAAAAGCUCUAAAACAAAAGUUUGAUGAAAUAUUUGCUGCAACUCGAUACAUUAAAGCACUUGAUAACAUUAAAAAGAUACGUACAGAAAAACUAAACAAUGUAAAACAUUACCAAACAGAGCUGAAGUUCCUGAAGCAGAAUAAAGAUAAAGCUAUUGAGAUAAAGGAAGAUUUGGGAAGAACACAAACCCGUUUGUCUUCAUGCAAGGAUAGAGUGAAUGAAGUUGAAGAAAAAUUACGACCAAUCUAUGCUAAGCUUGAACUAAUAGCAGAACGGGAAGAAGAUAUAAAUAACCUACAAACUGAGAUGAAUAGCAAUAAGGAGAUACUGAAACACUUAGAAAACAGCUAUAAUGAUCUCCAUAAAAACAUCAAAAAUAUUUUUCAUGGAACAGUUGAUGAGCUUCAGCAAGAACUAAAGGACUAUCAAACUGUUUUGGAAAGAAAACAGGCUUCUUUUAUGAAGCAAAAAAGAAAAUUACAAGAAUGUGAGCAAGAAUGUGGAUUAAUUACUAAAAAUAAGUCUUUGUUUCUAGUGGACAUUGGCAGGCUAACACAAGAGCAGCAGCAACAUCAAGAAAAAAUUGAACAAAGAGAUUCUCUUGUAAUGUCUUUGAGUAGACAGUUUGGUGAGGGUAUUUUUUCUGAAAGUGGAAGCCCACUACAAGAAGAAAAGGUUCAGAAGGUGGUUCAGUGUCUGCAGCAAAGGCUGGAAAUUGCAGAACAAGAUCUAAGGAGAUCCAAAGUUAAGUUUGCUACAGAGGAAAAAGACCUCCAGAAAAGAAUGGAAAUUGUGAGGGAGCAAAAAAUUAAAUUAGAUCAAAAAAAUUUUUUUGAAUGUGACCAGCUAAGUAAAAACCGUGAGGAAGUUAGGGAAAUUACUAGAGAAGUUAAACGGAUUGAUACUUCAGCAAACAAAUUGAAGGAUUUAGAACAAGAUCAGGCCCAAAUGGAAGAAGAGUUGAAAGAAGUGGAGGUAUCUGUAGAUAUAAACAGUAUAAAAUCAAACAUUGUAGGAAAACAGAAACAACUAAGUAUUUGGGAAACUCAGAUUUCUAACUUAAAUGUUGAAAUGGACCAAAUGCAAUUAGAGGGUAAAGUUCGAGCUGAGAUUGACAUUCUCCAAAAAGAAAAAAUGACAAAGGAGGAAAAUUUGAGAAGAUUGCAAGGUCGAAAUGAGGAUACAAUAACUCAUUUACUUGGCAAAGUUGAACUUGAAAAUUUACGAAAUACUUUAGAAGACUAUUUAAAUAGUAUAUCCAGAGAAGUUCAAGAGCUCAGUAAAGAGUUAAGUAUUAAAAAGUCAAAGCUCUCAUCAUUAGAAACUACCAAAAACUUUCAAGUGGAACAAUUGCAUCAGAAAGAAAAAGAAUUAAAGUAUCAUCAAGAACGUGUUAAUCAAAUCUCUGGGAAAGAAAGUUUUGAUGAGACAUUAGAAUUUCUUCAGAGCAGUAUAAAAUCAUUACAUGAUGAAAAGGGUUCACUUAUUGGUAGCCAAUAUAUAUAUAGUAAAUAUGUAGAAAAACUACAACGUGAAAAUCCAUGUUGUCCUCUUUGCCAGCGUCAUUUUGAAGAAGAUCAAGAAUCAAAGGAUCUUCUCCGAGAUGUGCAAAGAAAGCUGCAGAUGAUUCCAUCACAGUUGGAUAUUAAACAGAGGAACUUAACUGAACAACAAGAGAGACUUGACAAAAUGUUGGAGCUACGUCCUGUUAGAGAAGCUAUGGUUGAACUCUCUGAAAAAAAAAUUCCUGAUGUUAAAAUAAAGAUCAGUCAGUUGAACAAAGAAAUUGAGUCAUUACUGAAAGAUAUUACUGAAAUGGAAGAGACUUUAGAUGCUAAGCAAAUGGAUCGUGAAACUGCUGCAUCAAUUCAGCCUGACGUUAUUCUUCUUGACCAAAGCAAUGUGGAACUUCAGAGAACUGAAAGAAAAGUAAAAACCUUGAAAUGUAAACUUUCUGGAGAGGAUACCAGUCGUACUGUUCAACAAGUUAGUGAUGAAAGAAACCACUUGCAGAAAGAGAGUGAAUCUGUAAGACGCCAUCUUGAUAUGCAGCAGAAAAUAAUUCAUGAACACCAAGAGAGAAUACAGAAUUUAAGGGAACAAAUCCACCAGGUGCAUACCAAAAAAUUUCAGAUUUCUGGUGACCUUCAAAAGCGUUUAACCUUAGAGGAACGAGCAAAUAAGUUGAUGGCAGAAAACUCCAAGCUGGAGCAGUGUAUUCAUGAAUCUAAGGAAAAGGUCAGAAAAUUAGACAAACAAAUAGAAAACUUACAAGAUGAGUCUAAGCAAUUAACUGAAUCUAAAGAACAUGAAUUUCAAAUGCUACAAAACAAAUUAAAAACUAAAACUGAGGAAAAAUCAUCACUGGAUAACUUAAAUGAUAAGAUCACCCAAUUUGCCAAUUCUGGAAAGUUAACAGAACUUAAAGAUAAACAAACAAAAUUACAAGAAUUGCAAGAGAAGCUGAAUAUGGAGUUAAAUAAGUUCAAGACAAUAAACAGUGAUAUUCAAAAGUUAAAUGAAGAACUUUCAUCUCAAGAAAUGAAGAAGCGGGAACUUCAAGACAACUUGGAACUUAAGAAAAUUGAAGAUGAUAUGUCUAAUCGAAAAAUAAAAAUGGAAGUAAUUGAAGAAAAGUUGGGGACUAUUGAUGCCACUAGUUUCUACAGAGAAAAACAAAGACUUGUUAAAGAUGAAAGAAACUUGACAGGAGAACGUCAGCAAGCUGAAGGUCGAAAACGAGAGUUGGAAGAAAUUGUCCGCAAGCAGCAGAAAGAGCUGGAAGAAGAUAUGUAUAAAAAUGCUGAGAAGCUAUUCCAAACCACAUUAAUACAAUUAAGAACUACAGAGUUAGCGAGCGAUGACUUAAACAAGUAUUACACAGCCUUGGACAAAGCAGUUAUGCAUUACCAUAACAUGAAAAUGGAUGAGAUAAAUAAGAUUAUUCGAGAACUUUGGAUUAAGACUUACCGAGGAAAUGAUAUUGAUUAUAUAGAGAUACGGUCAGAUGAAGAAGAAGGUGGAGCUAGCCUAGAUAAGCAAAAAAGAACAUAUAAUUACAGAGUUGUGAUGGUGAAAGGAGACACAUCUUUGGAUAUGAGAGGACGAUGUAGUGCAGGACAAAAGGUGUUAGCUUCACUGAUUAUUCGUUUGGCUUUAGCAGAAACAUUCUGCUUGAACUGUGGUAUCUUAGCUUUAGAUGAACCUACUACUAACCUUGAUCGAGAUAAUAUUGAAAGCUUGGCUCAUGCUCUAGUUGAAAUUGUUAAAUUUCGUUCUCAGCAAAAAAAUUUCCAGCUGAUUAUUAUUACUCAUGAUGAAGAUUUUAUUGAAUUACUUGGACGAUCAGAUGCAGUUGAGUAUUUCUACAAGGUCAGCAAGAAUCACGAAGGCAAGUCUCAGCUGAGCAAAUGUGUAUUUGGAGAAGUCACUCGGUGAAGCAAGUUGUCACAUUGGUUUCCCUGAUGAAACAACAGAUCAAGUGUUUUAUUUUUGAUACAUUUAACACCAUUUUUUUUUCUUCAUGUAACAGCAGUUGUGCACAACAUUCUAUAGUAUAUUAAAUUACUCCUUAUUUGUUAUUUGCAAAAUUAAUGGAUCCUUUCAGAAAAAGCUAUGAAUGUUAUCAAUAACUAAAUAUCAUUUAUGCUGUUAAAGAUAUAACAUUUUGUUUGAACAUAUGGAUAUGAUUUAUUUAAAACAUAUUUGUUAAAACAUAUUUUUAAGCAUAAGAAAAAUAAAAUUCAUGCUCCAUAAUUAUUUUUUUUUAAUGUGGUAACUCUCAUCACAUGUACUUAAAUAAUGGCUCACAUUUUAUGAAAUGACUUGAGAUUAUCCAUGCCUUCUUGUACAUCUCUGGAGUCAUUGACCAAUAUUGAGUGUGUCAGCAGUGGUAAAAUUUCCAGCACAGGUUUUAGUCAAAUUUAUUCAUGUUGCUAUUAUAAUAAAGAUAAUAUUCUGGUGUUGGCAGUGAACUUGUAGCACAGACAUGUGUAAAUUUAUUAAUGUUUCAUUCAUUCAGUUUUAGUAUCAGUGGUUACGAGUAUUUUUAAUAUUUUUUUAACAUUUAUAUAAGACUUCAAUUUCUCUAGUAUUGAUUGCUAUUUUGGAAGUCAAACUUACUGUGAAACAAAUUAUAUAUAUUUGCCAAUGGUUUGCAGAAUUGUAAUAUAUUUUUAUUUCAUCUAUCAAGUUAUUUCAAAUUUGGAAGAACAUGUGCUCAAUAGAACAAAUUGCUCAAAAAAAUUUAAAUUAUAAUACACAGAAAGAGAUAUAACUAAUAUUAAUUUGAUUCUUUUACCAGCUACAUGUACUGUGUUAAUUUUGGUGAUUUUAAGUUUAUAAAAUCUAAGUAUAAAAUCUAUAUUUUAAAGUUUCUACAAGAGUUUUCCUCCCUUGAGAGAAAUUAUUGCUCAUUACAUCUCUCGAGGUGAACUUGAAAAGACACAACAGUGGGCUACUAGACAUAAUAUUAAAAGGCUUACCUAGCUUUAUGGUACUUGAUUUAAGAUUUGUGGUAUUUAUUUUCAAGUCUUGUCUGUUGUAGGUGAAACUGAAAAACUCUUAUAGACAGAGAAAACAUCACAUUCACUGAUAGACAUAAUAUCUAAUUUAUCAGUGAAAGGUAAAGUCACUUUGACACUUUCAGUUAAUUUCGAAUGAACGGCACAGGAUCUGAGUUUGUAAUCAGAUGUACACAUAAAACUGUUCCAAGGUAAACCAUCCAGUUUUCACAUUGAUCUGCCAUUGUCCUUACUCCCAUUUGACUCCUUGAGGUACUGAGAAGUAAUUCUCUAAUGAUGAUGUACAGGUAACUAGGGUUACACUUGGUGCUGAUGUUAUAACUUAAGAUCGAUGUACUGGGAUCCAUGUCACCUUGAAACUUUUCUUUGGGAAUCAGUGUUGCUUGCCCUGAAUGCAUUUUUGGACUGUGACCCUCCCCCUUUUUUAAGAUUCCAUCUUCAGUUUUGUGGAAAAUCCCUCUACAUCUUGUGGCUCAGAUCUGUGCUUUAAACUCUCCUAGUAAGCACAUAAAAGUUAAACAUCACUGAUUAAUAAAGACUUACAAUUCAUUAAUGCAUCAUUUCCACUUGUUAAACUUUGGUUGAUUAUAUAAGUAAUUAUUUUAUGGAAAAUUAAUUCUUUAUUAUAAAAGUUGUAGAAAGUUUUUCUGUAUUGGUUAAAUUUAUGUGAAAUUAUAAAACUUUUGCAGGUAGAAAUUCUUUCUGAUUGAAUAUAUGACAAGAAACAUGAGAGUACAUGAAAAAUAGAUAAAAUAGAACAUUACAUAUUGAUUAUGCACCUAAAAUCUACCUAAAUAAAGAGUUAGUCAACACUGUUUUAAAUUUAUGUAAUUAUCUUUUUUUUUUAAUGAAGUUUUCAAUUAUCUAAGAUAAAAAUGGUGACUAGAUUUUUUUCCAAACAAUGUUAUCACUAGUGAAACCAUGAUGAGUCAAGUAAAAUGUCAUAUACAAUAUUACAGAACAUAGCUUAAUGAAAGCAUCUUGAUAGGGUUGGGUUUAAUAGUAAAUCAGCAUAAAAAGCUUUCACCUUGCAAUGUUAAGCUUGAGUGCUUUAUUACAGUAUCUUUAUGGACAAUAUGAUUUGUUACAUGUAUUUUCAAGAUGUUUUAUAAGAUUGCAUCACAUUUGUGAUAUUGAUGAUUCCUGUUCAUUUAAGUUGCAAGAAAAUAUUAAAAAUAUUUAUAUUAAUUUUCAUUCACUGAAUGUA